GAGCAGAAAGGCAACUGCAUCCCAACUUCUGGGCGAGAGCCGGGAGGGCUGUUCCGGACUUUACCUGAGAUCCAUGCUCAGUGGCAUUAGCGAGCCUGGGAGUAAAAGUCUUGCGGUCCCCGAGAUUAUAAGAACGUAUACGGAUAGAUGCUAAAUAUUAGAUGGAAGAAGAGAACAGACUAAACAGCAUGAAAAUACAGAGGGGCAUUUUGUUGCCAGAUGACCAAAUAACAGUAUUACAUCAGCAGAUGAUGGAAAAGUGUGCAUCCUAUCGGCAGAAAUUGCAAAGUUCCCAUGAAGCACAACAACAUCAGGCAAUACUUGUUCGAAAGCUGCAGGCAAAGGUUUUGAAAUAUCGAAAUUGGUGCAAAGAAUUAGAAAAUCGUCUGGAAUCCAACAGUGAUUCUCAUCUACAUCUACGGGAUCACAAAGUGGAACAGAAUCUAGAAAAUGUUUUGGUUCAUUUGGAAGAAGAACAACAGAGAUGUGAGAAUUUGGGUAGAGUUAAUAUCUUGCUUCGGAAACACUUGGACAAAGCCAAUGAAGUGAAUGGGGCACUCCAGGAAGAUAUCAAUAAAUUGACAGAUGAUUGGACAAGAGCCAAAACUGAAUUAGAGCACAAAGAGAGUGACUGGCGCAAAGAACGGGAGCUGUUUGAACACUAUAGGCAAUCUGAACAUGAUCGUAUCCUUGGCAUUUGGCGGCAAGUGGUGACAUUACGUCGGCAUUUUUUGGAAAUGAAGACUGCAACGGACAGGGAUCUGUCUGAAAUAAAAGCUGACCAAGUGAGGCUUUACGGCUCUGUAUUGAUCAAUUGUUUCCAUGUGAGCUCGCAUGCACAGUUUUGGGAGACCAAAAAUUUGGAACAGUCAGUCCUAAGAUGCCAGCUGCAGGAACGGCAACAACUUGGUAAAAAAUUGGAGAAAAUAGAUGUGGAGAAAGAAAAAUACCAGCAAGCAAAAAAAAUUAUAACAUUACAGGUCAAAGGGGAUUUUUCAGAGAAAGAUCUUCAGAGCAGAGUGCUGGAGUUGACUGCUUUGCUUGAAGAGUCUCAUCUACAGAAUGAAGAUAAGGAGAAGACGGUGAAGGCUCUAAGAGAGAUGGUGGAAAUUCUGAAAGCUAAUAAUUUGAAGAUAGAUUGUGACCAAAAACCAAGCAAAGAUAUCAGUGAAGAGAUAUUUUCUCUGCAACAUGUAUUGACAGAAAUUACCCAGGCACUUAUUAGUGAGAAUGAUGCAACAACUGGCAUCAGGCAAGUUGAAAAGUUUGCUGACCCUUGUGGUAUCAUGGAACUGAAUACUGGUGAUUCAGAUGUGACCCUCCUUCUUUUACGUGAUGUGCUUGCUGGGAGAAGAAAUCAAGUAGAGCAAUUGAGGCAACAGCUAUUGGAAAGUCAAGAUUCUGCCACUGCUUUGGAAAAGCAACAAAAGCAGCAGGAAGAGCAGUGCAGCUUCCUAAGAGAUAAGGUAGAAAGAUUAGAAGGAGAACGAGACACAUAUGCAAGCCAGCUUCAGCAUUUACAAUCUGUACUGGAGACUUACCGUAGUGACCAUGAAACCCUGGACAAAUCUAGAAUGGAACUGCAGCAACAGCUGGAAAUUUUGGAACAGGAGGCCCAGCAUUUACGCCAAAGUAACACAGAGCUACAGCUGAAAGGUGAUAUGGCAGAUGGAGAGAAAGAAGAAAGACAGGAUGAAUUGGAAAGGCUAAUGCGUGAGAGAGAAUACAUUCAGGAAGAUCAAAAUGCUCUUGAAGAAAAGCAUUCAUUAAUAAAAAAGGAAUUGAUAGCUAUGAGAGAAUCAUUGGAAAAAUCUCAUCUUGAUGGAGAACUGAUGAAGAAAUAUGAAAAAUAUGAACUUGCUUUAGCUUUAGAGCAGGCUGAAGAGUCUCUUGCAAAGCUCACCAGUGGGCACAAUAGGCUGAAGGCAGAAACUGCUAACCUUCAUGAUACAGUUACAAAGAUGAGUGCCCUUAAUGAAGCACUAGCACUGGAUAAAGUGAGUUUAAAUCAACUAAUUUUCAAGUUAGAACAAGAAAAUCAGACACUCUUGGACAAAGUAGAUUACAUGGAAAGGAGAUGGGCUUCCUUGCAAAAGCAGCUUAACCAGGCAGAAAGAACAAAUGAAGAAUUAAGUGCAGAGAAGUGUCGUUUGGAACAGUUGCUGUAUGAGGCCGAGGAGCUGCAGGAAAGCUCACGGAACGAAUUGAAAAUAUUAACAGGUGAAAAGGAAGAGGCAAAUGAGAAGCUGAGUCAAGUACAACAUCAGAAUGAAAUAUAUCAAACUAGUUUGGAACAAGCAAAUCAAGAGCUAAUUCAUACAGGGGAAAUACUGUCCAAGGCUUCUAGAGAAAAGGAAUCGCUAAUGCGUGAAAAAACUGCUUUGGAAGUACGACUAAAAGUUGUUGAGAGAGACAGACUGACUCUUACAGAGCAGGUGUCAAAAUUUAGGUCAGGAAAGGAUCUCUUGGAAUCAAAUUUCUUCCAGGCUCAACAGCAAUUAUCUGAAUUAAACAUUACCCGAGAUCAACUGGAAAUGAAAAUGCAGACAAUUAGCCAGGCCAAAGAAGUGAUACAAGGAGAAGUGAAAUGUCUUAGGGCUGAGCUGGAAGCUGCAAAAUCAAAAAUUGAAGAAGAGAAAGAAGAAAAAGCACAGCAGCUAUCACAGAUAGAACAGAAGCACCAAGAAAACCUCAGCCACUGCUACGCUGUACAUAAAGAAGAAAUGGACAUACUCUCUCAGAAGCUGAGAAAUGAACGUGAACGUCACCGAAUAGAAUUAGAACAUGUUGUCAAGGAGAAAGAAGAGCUUGAAAGUGUCUAUGAAAGGAAGCUGUUGGAACUGCAGCAGAUCAUCACUGAAAUUCAAACCCAUAUGGAAGAUGAGCUCAUUAAAGCUGAAAAUGCCAAACAAGAGGCUCUUCUAGAAAAAGAGAAUGAAAAGAAAUUGUUACGAGAGGAAAUCUUCCAAACAAAUGAGAAACUUGCUAAUACUUCUCAGAAGCUGGAGUGUCUCCAUCAGGAGAUGAAAAAACUUGAAAAGAGGGAACAGAGUAAUGUACAACUUCUGAAAGCUGAGCUGAGAGAUAGCACAAAUACAAUGAAAACAUUGAAAAUAAAGCAGAAGGAGGAAAUUAAAUCUCUCAAAGAAGAAAGAAAUCUCCUACUUUAUCAGCGAAACAGUUUACAAAAUCAGAUACAAGAGUUGGAGCUUCAGCUGCUGACUGCAAAAGAUUCUUCCAAACUGUUUGACCAAGAAGCUCAGCAGCAUUUAAGAGAAAAGCAAGAAUUGUCUGAACGGAAAGAGCUCGAAGUGUCACAACUACAAAAGAUACUAGAAGGAGAGAGAAGACAGAGAGAGGAGGUCGUACAGCAGAACAUUAAGUGGCAGAGACAGAAGGAAGAGUUGGAACAAAAAAACACAGAACUGACAGCCAUGCUGCAAAGCAAGUGGGAGACUGAAAAACACCUAAACAACAAGCUACUAAGAAAGCAAGAAGAGUUAGAGCACCACCAGACCACUCUUCAAGCCUUGGAGAGAAAGCAGAGUCAGUGGGAAAAGGCAGAGCUUCAGAAUUCUGAGCUCCAAAGGCAAUGGGAAGAGGCAAAAUCUCAAGUUAAACUGCUGCAGAAUCAGAAAAGGGAGACAGAACUUCAGAACAGAAAUCUGCAGCAACAGAAAGAGGAGGUGGAACUGAAGAAUGCCAAACUGAAAGCUGUACUCCAAAGGCAGCAGGAGGAGGCAGAGCACGAAAGCGCCCUGCUUCAGAGCCAUUGGGAAGAGGCACAAAAACGCUGUUCAGAGUUGCAGAAUUGGAAAGAAAAAGUUGAAUAUCAGAAUGCCGAAUUUCAGGCCCUUCUUCAUAAGAAGCAAGAAGAAAUGGAAAAUAAGGAUAUCUGUAUGAAGAAAGAACAAAACCAGAAUUUGGAGCUUAAGGCAACAUUGGAAAGCCUAGAGCAGGAACGAGCUAGCCUGAUUCUCUCAUUGGAGGAGAAGGAGUUCAGACUCAAGAAACUGCAAGAGAGGGACGAUGCUCAUCAGGAUGAAAUCACCAAAUUGAAUAGUGCCCUAAAUCAGGCAGAAAAGAUGCUUGCUGAGCAGAAACAAGAAGUGCAGGAAUUCAUUAGCCAGAAGAACUCACUCAAGCAGAUGAUGGUACAGAAGGAGGCAACUUUAAUAGCUCAUGAGGAACAGCUGACUCAAGAUCUGGAAGUUUCCCAUGCAAAUGAGCAACAUGCCAAAGACACCAUACAAAAGCUGGAGGCUGAAGUGUCUCAGUUACGCUUAAGCUUAAGUAGCACAGAGAGUAGAGCAGAGGCACUGGAAUCUGAAUGUCAGCGAGUUUGUUCAGUUCAUUGGGAGGCUCAAACUCAGCUGAUAAAACUACAGUCAGUACUUCACUACAUGCUGUGUAACAGUCCUGAGCCAAAACUUAGAGGGCAAGGAGACCGAGACAUUGGGAAGUCAUCAUUCCUUAAUAGAGAACAGGAUAAUUUGAAAGAACUGGCUUUGUCUCAACCUAAGGACAGCUCCACAGAGCUUACAGCGGAGAGAGUAGCAGAAGCACUUCAAAACUUGAGGCAAGAUCUCUGGCGUGCUCACCUUCAAACUGAAUUGAAAAAGUUGGAAGAUGAAGCAAGGAAGACUUCUGAGAAGUUGAAACAAGAACUGAGUGAGAAGGAAACAGAAAGGAUACGCAUUAAUGCCAAAGCCGAAGAGCUACAAAAGUGGCUGGACCAGUGCCAAGAAGAAAAAUAUGUAGUUGAAGGCAGACGCAGCUCCCUAGAGUCUGCCUUAAAGUUAGAAGUCAUUGCUUUCAAGGAAGAGAAUGUGACUCUAUGUGAAAAGGUGACCAGUUUGGAAACGAAACUUGAAAACACAGAGAAACAAAGAAAAGGCUUGGUGAGUAAUGUACAACUUCUGGAAGCUGAGCUGAAAGAUAGCACAAAUACAAUGAAAACAUUGAAAAUAAAGCAGAAGGAGGAAAUUAAAUCUCUCAAAGAAGAAAGAAAUCUCCUACUUUAUCAGCGAAACAGUUUACAAAAUCAGAUGCAAGAGUUGGAGCUUCAGCUGCUGACUGCAAAAGAUUCUUCCAUACUGUUUGAUCAACAGGCUCAGCAGCAUUUAAGAGAAAAGCAAGAAUUGUCUGAACGGAAAGAGCUUGAAGUGUCACAACUACAAAAGAUACUAGAAGGAGAGAGAAGACAGAGAGAGGAGGUCGUACAGCAGAACAUUAAGUGGCAGAGACAGAAGGAAGAGUUGGAACAAAAAAACACAGAACUGACAGCCAUGCUGCAAAGCAAGUGGGAGACUGAAAAACACCUAAACAACAAGCUACUAAGAAAGCAAGAAGAGUUAGAGCACCACCAGACCACUCUUCAAGCCUUGGAGAGAAAGCAGAGUCAGUGGGAAAAGGCAGAGCUUCAGAAUUCUGAGCUCCAAAGGCAAUGGGAAGAGGCAAAAUCUCAAGUUAAACUGCUGCAGAAUCAGAAAAGGGAGACAGAACUUCAGAACAGAAAUCUGCAGCAACAGAAAGAGGAGGUGGAACUGAAGAAUGCCAAACUGAAAGCUGUACUCCAAAGGCAGCAGGAGGAGGCAGAGCACGAAAGCGCCCUGCUUCAGAGCCAUUGGGAAGAGGCACAAAAACGCUGUUCAGAGUUGCAGAAUUGGAAAGAAAAAGUUGAAUAUCAGAAUGCCGAAUUUCAGGCCCUUCUUCGUAACAAGGAAGAAGAAAUGGAAAAUAAGGAUAUCUGUAUGAAAAAAGAACAAAACCAGAAUUUGGAGCUUAAGGCAACAUUGGAAAGCCUAGAGCAGGAACGAGCUAGUGGCGUAAAUCAGGCAGAAAAGAUCCUUGCAGAGCAGAAACAAGAAGUGCAGGAAAUCAUUAGCCAGAAGAACUCACACAAGCAGAUGAUGGUACAGAAGGAGGCAACUUUGAUAGCUCAUGAGGAACAGCUAACUCAAGAUCUGGAAGUUUCCCAUGCGAAUGAGCAACAUGCCAAAGACACCAUACAAAAGCUGGAGGCCCAUGUGUUGGGGUUGAAAUUUUUUUGGCAGGAUGAAGCAAGGAAGACUUCUGAGAAGUUGAAACAAGAACUUAGUGAGAAGGAAACAGAAAGGAUACACAUUAAUGCCAAAGCCGAAGAGCUGCAAAAGUGGCUGGACCAGUGCCAAGAAGAAAAACAUGUAGUUGAAGGCAGACGCAGCUCCCUAGAGUCUGCCUUAAAGUUAGAAGUCAUUGCUUUCAAGGAAGAGAAUGUGACUCUAUGUGAAAAGGUGACCAGUUUGGAAACGAAACUUGAAAACACAGAGAAACAAAGAAAAGGCUUGGUGAAUGAGCGGAGCACAUUACAAAUGACCAAAGAAAAGCUCACACGGGAGUUGGAGCUUCUUCAGGAAUCGGUCAAAGUUUCAGAACAUCGAGCAAGUGCCCUGGAAAAGAUGAAUGAAUCCCUGGAGCAAGAGCUUCAAACAGCUCUCUCCACUCUCAGAAAUAAACAGGAGGAAAGUGAGACUCAUCAAAAGAGAUUUGUGGCUUCACAGAAAGAGGUAGAGGUAAAAAGAGCACUUCGGGAAAUUGUGGAUCAGCUCAAUGUUAUUUUAGAAAAGAGAAAUGAAGAAAUAAAAGACCAGCUAGAGCAGGUUAAGGAUUUAGAGAAUCACAGAGAAAUGCAAACAGCUGCCUUAGAGUAUCUCACUAAAAAUCUUGAAAACAGAAGCAUGUUUGUAAGGAUUUUAUUUCUUUUUCUUUGUCAUGAAGGGAAUACCUAUUGGUUUAUUUGUUCAUCUGGAAGCUCUGCAUUAUCAUCUAUCUCCUUUAGCAUUCCUGAACUGUACUGGAUAUCUUCAAGCUUGUACAAAGAGCUUUCUCAUGCUUUCCCCCUUGUUCUUCCCAUUCUUGAAGUAGCUGUUUUUGAGAUGCAAGUUCCCAAUCUUUUUCAUUCAUCUUUAUUUUCAGGUCUUCUAGAUCUUUCAGCAAAGCCCCAAUUUAUGGAAGAAGAGAACAGACUAAACAGCAUGAAAAUACAGAGGGGCAUUUUGUUGCCAGAUGACCAAAUAACAGUAUUACAUCAGCAGAUGAUGGAAAAGUGUGCAUCCUAUCGGCAGAAAUUGCAAAGUUCCCAUGAAGCACAACAACAUCAGGCAAUACUUGUUCGAAAGCUGCAGGCAAAGGUUUUGAAAUAUCGAAAUUGGUGCAAAGAAUUAGAAAAUCGUCUGGAAUCCAACAGUGAUUCUCAUCUACAUCUACGGGAUCACAAAGUGGAACAGAAUCUAGAAAAUGUUUUGGUUCAUUUGGAAGAAGAACAACAGAGAUGUGAGAAUUUGGGUAGAGUUAAUAUCUUGCUUCGGAAACACUUGGACAAAGCCAAUGAAGUGAAUGGGGCACUCCAGGAAGAUAUCAAUAAAUUGACAGAUGAUUGGACAAGAGCCAAAACUGAAUUAGAGCACAAAGAGAGUGACUGGCGCAAAGAACGGGAGCUGUUUGAACACUAUAGGCAAUCCGAACAUGAUCGUAUCCUUGGCAUUUGGCGGCAAGUGGUAACAUUACGUCGGCAUUUUUUGGAAAUGAAGACCGCAACCGACAGGGAUCUGUCUGAAAUAAAAGCUGACCAAGUGAGGCUUUACGGCUCUGUAUUGAUCAAUUGUUUCCAUGUGAGCUCGCAUGCACAGUUUUGGGAGACCAAAAAUUUGGAACAGUCAGUCCUAAGAUGCCAGCUGCAGGAACGGCAACAACUUGGUAAAAAAUUGGAGAAAAUAGAUGUGGAGAAAGAAAAACACCAGCAAGCAAAAAAAAUUAUAACAUCACAGGUCAAAGGAGAUUUUUCAGAGGAAGAUCUUCAGAGCAGAGUGCUGGAGUUGACUGCUUUGCUUGAAGAGUCUCAUCAGCAGAAUGAAGAUAAGGAGAAGACGGUGAAGGCUCUAAGAGAGAUGGUGGAAAUUCUGAAGGCUAAUAAUUUGAAGAUAGAUUGUGACCAAAAACCAAGCAAAGAUAUCAGUGAAGAGAUAUUUUCUCUGCAACAUGUAUUGACAGAAAUUACCCAGGCACUUAUUAGUGAGAAUGAUGCAACAACUGGCAUCAGGCAAGUUGAAAAGUUUGCUGACCCUUGUGGUAUCAUGGAACUGAAUACUGGUGAUUCAGAUGUGACCCUCCUUCUUUUACGUGAUGUGCUUGCUGGGAGAAGAAAUCAAGUAGAGCAAUUGAGGCAACAGCUAUUGGAAAGUCAAGAUUCUGCCACUGCUUUGGAAAAGCAACAAAAGCAGCAGGAAGAGCAGUGCAGCUUCCUAAGAGAUAAGGUAGAAAGAUUAGAAGGAGAACGAGACACAUAUGCAAGCCAGCUUCAGCAUUUACAAUCUGUACUGGAGACUUACCGUAGUGACCAUGAAACCCUGGACAAAUCUAGAAUGGAACUGCAGCAACAGCUGGAAAUUUUGGAACAGGAGGCCCAGCAUUUACGCCAAAGUAACACAGAGCUACAGCUGAAAGGUGAUAUGGCAGAUGGAGAGAAAGAAGAAAGACAGGAUGAAUUGGAAAGGCUAAUGCGUGAGAGAGAAUACAUUCAGGAAGAUCAAAAUGCUCUUGAAGAAAAGCAUUCAUUAAUAAAAAAGGAAUUGAUAGCUAUGAGAGAAUCAUUGGAAAAAUCUCAUCUUGAUGGAGAACUGAUGAAGCAAGAAAAAUAUGAACUUGCUUUAGCUUUAGAGCAGGCUGAAGAGUCUCUUGCAAAGCUCACCAGUGGGCACAAUAGGCUGAAGGCAGAAACUGCUAACCUUCAUGAUACAGUUACAAAGAUGAGUGCCCUUAAUGAAGCACUAGCACUGGAUAAAGUGAGUUUAAAUCAACUAAUUUUCAAGUUAGAACAAGAAAACCAGACACUCUUGGACAAAGUAGAUUACAUGGAAAGGAGAUGGGCUUCCUUGCAAAAGCAGCUUAACCAGGCAGAAAGAACAAAUGAAGAAUUAAGUGCAGAGAAGUGUCGUUUGGAACAGUUGCUGUAUGAGGCCGAGGAGCUGCAGGAAAGCUUACGGAACGAAUUGAAAAUAUUAACAGGUGAAAAGGAAGAGGCAAAUGAGAAGCUGAGUCAAGUACAACAUCAGAAUGAAAUAUAUCAAACUAGUUUGGAACAAGCAAAUCAAGAGCUAAUUCAUACAGGGGAAAUGCUGUCCAAGGCUUCUAGAGAAAAGGAAUUGCUAAUGCGUGAAAAAACUGCUUUGGAAGUACGACUAAAAGUUGUUGAGAGAGACAGACUGACUCUUACAGAGCAGGUGUCAAAAUUUAGGUCAGGAAAGGAUCUCUUGGAAUCAAAUUUCUUCCAGGCUCAACAGCAAUUAUCUGAAUUAAACAUUACCCGAGAUCAACUGGAAAUGAAAAUGCAGACAAUUAGCCAGGCCAAAGAAGUGAUACAAGGAGAAGUGAAAUGUCUUAGGGCUGAGCUGGAAGCUGCAAAAUCAAAAAUUGAAGAAGAGAAAGAAGAAAAAGCACAGCAGCUAUCACAGAUAGAACAGAAGCACCAAGAAACCCUCAGCCACUGCUACGCUGUACAUAAAGAAGAAAUGGACAUACUCUCUCAGAAGCUGAGAAAUGAACGUGAACGUCACCGAAUAGAAUUAGAACAUGUUGUCAAGGAGAAAGAAGAGCUUGAAAGUGUCUAUGAAAGGAAGCUGUUGGAACUGCAGGAGAUCAUCACUGAAAUUCAAACCCAUAUGGAAGAUGAGCUCAUUAAAGCUGAAAAUGCCAAACAAGAGGCUCUUCUAGAAAAAGAGAAUGAAAAGAAAUUGUUACGAGAGGAAAUCUUCCAAACAAAUGAGAAACUUGCUAAUACUUCUCAGAAGCUGGAGUGUCUCCAUCAGGAGAUGAAAAAACUUGAAAUGAGGGAACAGAGUAAUGUACAACUUCUGGAAGCUGAGCUGAAAGAUAGCACAAAUACAAUGAAAACAUUGAAAAUAAAGCAGAAGGAGGAAAUUAAAUCUCUCAAAGAAGAAAGAAAUCUCCUACUUAAUCAGCGAAACAGUUUACAAAAUCAGAUGCAAGAGUUGGAGCUUCAGCUGCUGACUGCAAAAGAUUCUUCCAUACUGUUUGAUCAAGAGGCUCAGCAGCAUUUAAGAGAAAAGCAAGAAUUGUCUGAACGGAAAGAGCUUGAAGUGUCACAACUACAAAAGAUACUAGAAGGAGAGAGAAGACAGAGAGAGGAGGUCGUACAGCAGAACAUUAAGUGGCAGAGACAGAAGGAAGAGUUGGAACAAAAAAACACAGAACUGACAGCCAUGCUGCAAAGCAAGUGGGAGACUGAAAAACACCUAAACAACAAGCUACUAAGAAAGCAAGAAGAGUUAGAGCACCACCAGACCACUCUUCAAGCCUUGGAGAGAAAGCAGAGUCAGUGGGAAAAGGCAGAGCUUCAGAAUUCUGAGCUCCAAAGGCAAUGGGAAGAGGCAAAAUCUCAAGUUAAACUGCUGCAGAAUCAGAAAAGGGAGACAGAACUUCAGAACAGAAAUCUGCAGCAACAGAAAGAGGAGGUGGAACUGAAGAAUGCCAAACUGAAAGCUGUACUCCAAAGGCAGCAGGAGGAGGCAGAGCACGAAAGCGCCCUGCUUCAGAGCCAUUGGGAAGAGGCACAAAAACGCUGUUCAGAGUUGCAGAAUUGGAAAGAAAAAGUUGAAUAUCAGAAUGCAGAAUUUCAGGCCCUUCUUCAUAAGAAGCAAGAAGAAAUGGAAAAUAAGGAUAUCUGUAUGAAGAAAGAACAAAACCAGAAUUUGGAGCUUAAGGCAACAUUGGAAAGCCUAGAGCAGGAACGAGCUAGCCUGAUUCUCUCAUUGGAGGAGAAGGAGUUCAGACUCAAGAAACUGCAAGAGAGGGACGAUGCUCAUCAGGAUGAAAUCACCAAAUUGAAUAGUGCCCUAAAUCAGGCAGAAAAGAUGCUUGCUGAGCAGAAACAAGAAGUGCAGGAAUUCAUUAGCCAGAAGAACUCACUCAAGCAGAUGAUGGUACAGAAGGAGGCAACUUUAAUAGCUCAUGAGGAACAGCUGACUCAAGAUCUGGAAGUUUCCCAUGCAAAUGAGCAACAUGCCAAAGACACCAUACAAAAGCUGGAGGCUGAAGUGUCUCAGUUACGCUUAAGCUUAAGUAGCACAGAGAGUAGAGCAGAGGCACUGGAAUCUGAAUGUCAGCGAGUUUGUUCAGUUCAUUGGGAGGCUCAAGCUCAGCUGAUAAAACUACAGUCAGUACUUCACUACAUGCUGUGUAACAGUCCUGAGCCAAAACUUAGAGGGCAAGGAGACCGAGACAUUGGGAAGUCAUCAUUCCUUAAUAGAGAACAGGAUAAUUUGAAAGAACUGGCUUUGUCUCAACCUAAGGACAGCUCCACAGAGCUUACAGCCGAGAGAGUAGCAGAAGCACUUCAAAACUUGAGGCAAGAUCUCUGGCGGGCUCACCUUCAACUGGAUGAAGCAAGGAAGACUUCUGAGAAGUUGAAACAAGAACUUAGUGAGAAGGAAACAGAAAGGAUACGCAUUAAUGCCAAAGCCGAAGAACUGCAAAAGUGGCUGGACCAGUGCCAAGAAGAAAAAUAUGUAGUUGAAGGCAGACGCAGCUCCCUAGAGUCUGCCUUAAAGUUAGAAGUCAUUGCUUUCAAGGAAGAGAAUGUGACUCUAUGUGAAAAGGUGACCAGUUUGGAAACGAAACUUGAAAACACAGAGAAACAAAGAAAAGGCUUGGUGAAUGAGCGGAGCACAUUACAAAUGACCAAAGAAAAGCUCACACGGGAGUUGGAGCUUCUUCAGGAAUCGGUCAAAGUUUCAGAACAUCGAGCAAGUGCCCUGGAAAAGAUGAAUGAAUCCCUGGAGCAAGAGCUUCAAACAGCUCUCUCCACUCUCAGAAAUAAACAGGAGGAAAGUGAGACUCAUCAAAAGAGAUUUGUGGCUUUGCAGAAAGAGGUAGAGGUAGGGAGAACACUUCAGGAAAUUGUGGAUCAGCUCAAUGUUACUUUAGAAAAGAGAAAUGAAGAAAUAAAAGACCAGCUAGAGCAGGUUAAGGAUUUAGAGAAUCACAGAGAAAUGCAAACAGCUGCCUUAGAGCAUCUCACUAAAAAUCUAGAAAAUAGAAGCAAAGAAAUUGACUCCCAAAAAAUGCAGAUUGAAGAAAUGACAAUACAAGAUAAGACACAAAAAGCCAAUCUCAGGAAAUUAAAUCUAGAUCUAGAAGAGACCGUUCAGACUUUGAAAUUCCAAGAAGAAAAGCUUCAAAAACUACAAGAGUUAUCAGAAGGCCAAAAAACAAUAAUUGAAAGCCUAUCUCUGAAUUUGGAGGAAAAAAUCAAGGAAACUAACAUCAAAGAGGAGAAAAUUCAGAUUAUAGAACAUAAUGAAUCAGCACAAAUUGGGGCUUUGCUGAAAGAUCUAGAAGACCUGAAAAUAAAGAUGAAUGAAAAAGAUUGGGAACUUGCAUCUCAAAAACAGCUACUUCAAGAAUGGGAAGAACAAGGGGAAAAGCGUGAGAAAGCUCUUUGUACAAGCCUAGAACAUAUGAAAGCCAUUAUUAAGGACAAAGAAAGGGAAAUAGAUUCCCAGAGGGAACAGAUAUCAAAUUUCCAAUGGCUUGAAGCUCAGAAAGAAGAGCAUGUCAGUGAGCUUUCUGAGAAGCAGAAGCAAAUGACAUUGACUUUGACCCAAAGAGAACAAGAGCUCAAGGCAAAAGAAAACCAAAUGAAAGAAAUGAAAGAAGAAAUGGAAAUAGAAAGAAUGGCUUUUCAUGAACAUAGAGCAAAGACACAGGCAACUUUGGAGGAAAAGAACAGAGAAUGGGAGUUCCAAAGGAAGCAUGAAGAAGAAACAAAAAGCCAGAUAAUAGUCCUACUGGAAGAUAUCCAGUACAGUUCAGGAAUGCUAAAGGAGAGAGAUGAUAAUGCAGAGCUUCCAGAUGAACAAAUAAACCAACUGAAAAAACAAAAACUACAAGAAACUACUUUUGGUAUGCUGGGACAACUCAAAAUAUUCUUUAAGAGGCGACAAGAAGAAAUUGAGUCCCUGAAAAAGCAAAAUGAAAAGAAUACAGAAGAGAAUGUAAGGGUAAUAAAAGGAUUGCAAGCAGAACUCCAACAAGCAAAACAAGCUUUAAAAAAUGGAGAAUGGCACAUCAAAUAUUUAAAGAACAACCUCCAGCAAGUUCAACAACAGGAGGCACAGACAAAAUUUAUCUUGGAUAAACUGCAUCUUACUAGGUCUUCCCUCCACGACAAAGAAAAGGAAAUAAAAUCCUUACAAACACGUAUCAAGGAACUCUCAAAACAGAAAGAGGAAGUACAGCAUACUGUUUUAAGUCUACAGCAGGAUCUGGAUACGAUUAACCGGUUGUAUGCAGAGAAAGAAGAAGAACUAGCUAAAAGCAAGGUUAUUAAGGAAAAGGACCAGUGCUUGCAAUGGCAGAAGGAAAAGAUCGAACAUUUGGAAAAUGAGAAAAUAAUAAACAAACAAGAAUUGAAUCAUAUGAUAGCUGUUCUAAAACAGACAGAGAGUGGUGAGAUAGAAUGGAAGCAGAAGGCCCAGAGGUUGGAUUUGACCCUUGCCCGAAGUGAAGAGGCUAUGAGAAUUUUAAAGGAGGAAAUGGCUGUUACACAGAGCAUGGUUUCAGAAAGGGACGUGGAUAGAUUUCAUCUCCAGGAACAACUGGAUACAGCUUUUAAAACUCUGAAGGAGGCAAGGUUCAUUAUUGAAACUGUGGUGGGAGUUUCUGAUCUGCUUUGCAGUGAAAAUGAUAUACCAGGGGUACAGCAUAAUGAGGCCGGAAAGGCUUUGAAAAAAGAGGGAGAGCUGACAUGGACGGCUGAAAAACGACUCUUGUAUAAACCUUUACAACUUCUCCAGCAAGCUGUGGUCAGAUUGGAGAAUGAGAAAUAUGGUUUAGAAAAGCACAAUGCUCAAUUGAGAGGUGCAUUGCAAGAGGUGGAACAUGAACGAAGAAAACUGAAAAGAAGUCAUAAAGACUUUUCUAAAGAAUCCCAGAUUCUCCAAAAGCAACUGGCAGAGUUACAAAAACAGGUUGUUGUUCUACAAUCACAGCUAUCACUGGAACGGAAGCAGAAGCAGAAUUAUAUCAUCAGCUGUACUAAAACAAAUCAGGAGCUUUCAGAUUUGCAUCAAGAGCUUGUAAACUCUUUAGCUGUUGUGGCUAGGAAACCUGAGGCAACUGUUUUGGAAUCAGAGACUCGCAGGCUUGAUGAAACCUUGAAUAAUAGUUUCACAUUUGGAACUGUAGGCUCAGACAGGGUCUUAUCUGGAAAACAUCUACCAAGCUCAACACCCAAAAGUGUUCAUCAGAAGCCCACAAGGUAGCAUAAAAGCGGCAAAAGCAAGAAAUUACAGAGGCUCCAGCACAAGCAGAGUUUUAGAAGUUGUUGAUAUGAUGGAUCCUUUCUCGUAUUCAGCUCGCCUUGAUUUCCAGGGUCUCUCUGCCUGUUUUGAUCCUUCAGAAUAUAAUUCCAGAUUCUUUGGAAUCAGUGAAGAUCAUUUCAGUACAGCCUAAGAAAAAACAAAAGUAGUUGAAAGGCUGAGUAUUAAGUGGCUGAAGGUACGCAAUGUGAAAAUCUUUGGACAUAACAAAAUUCAAAGCCAGCAUAUGAGAACUAAAUAAAGAAAUGACUCUCUGCAACCAUUUUUGAUAAGAAGAAUGGAAGUUCAUUCCAGGAAAUGAG